GUCUUAAUGUUUUACUCAAACAGGAUGAGGAAAUAUGUGUGCCAAAGUCCAGGUGGCAGCAUAGCUUCUGUUUAUGAAAGACCAAGCCUGGAAUCGUAGUGUCAGGAUCAACAUGGAGCAACGGGACAAGAAGGUUAUGUGUGUGGGUCUGGUUUGUCUGGACAUCAUCAGCGUUGUGGACAAAUAUCCCGAAGAAGACACUGACAGCAGGUGUCUGUCACAGCGUUGGCAGCGAGGAGGAAAUGCGUCAAACUCCUGCACAGUGUUGUCACUGCUUGGAGCUUCCUGUGCUUUCAUGGGCUCGCUGUCUUCUGGACCUGUGGCAGAAUUUGUUUUGGAGGAUUUUCAGAAGUUUCACAUCGACGUGUCGCUGAUUUCUGAGAAUGCUCAGUUUUCCCUUCCAACCUCCGUGGUCAUCAGUAGCAUCAGCACAGGAAGCCGCACCAUCCUGCACAUGAACAGUUUCAUCACAGCGGACUUUACGCAACAUGCAGUCGACAUUUCAGCAGUGGUUUUUCAGAACGAAGGUCAAACUCCGUGUGCAUGUUGUGUGGUUUGUCCAUCCAACGGAACUCGGACUGUUGUUCUUUACGACACGAACCUUCCAGAUGUAACAGCAGACGAUUUUUCAAAAGUCAAUCUUCAUCAUUUCAAGUGGAUCCACUGGGAAGGGCGAAAUGCUGAGGAGCAGGUGAAGAUGAUCCAACAGGUGGAAGCAUACAAUUGCUCAUUAGCCCAACCUCAGAGGAUCACCGUUUCCCUGGAGAUAGAGAAAACCAGAGAGACGCUGUAUCAGAUGUUUCCUCAUGGUGAUGUGGUCUUUGUUAGUAAAGACGUUGCCCGUCACUUUGGCUUUGAUUCAGCUGAAGCUGCUCUGAGAGGAUUAUACCACCGGGUAAAACCUGGAGCUGUCCUCAUUUGUGCAUGGGCAGAAAAAGGAGCUGAUGCUUUAGGUGCUGAUGGUUUCAUCAUUCAUUCUGAUGCGUUUCCUCCUGAAACUCUCGUAGAUACUCUAGGAGCUGGAGACACUUUUAAUGCGGCCGUCAUCUACACACUGUCAAACGGUGGAGGUUUGCAGGACGCUCUUACGUUUGGCUGCAGAGUUGCUGGCAAAAAGUGUGGAUUCCAUGGUUAUGAAAACAUUGCAAAGAUCAGUGAAAACUGAAUUAAUAACUAGUGAAGAAAUGAAGACAGAACCAGAACCACAUGCACAAUAGAAUGCUCAAUGAAUGAAAUAAGUGAUUUGUUUCAGUUAAAUUAUAUUUAAUCACUUAAUAAUAGACAAAGAAACAUUAGUUUAUCGGUGUAACGUUAUCAUAGGAAGAAUAUGUUUCUUGCACAACAAACUCACAAAUGAGUGAUGAUACACUGUUAGCUUUCAGUUUACCCAGGAGUAUGACCAGGAAUUGAUCAUUAUCAUGUUAUAAUAUUUAUAAUAUUUAUGGAUAUAUUAAGCACAUUUAACUCACUUUUACCCAUGGAGCCACUGAUUUAAAUGUGGUUUAGCUGUGGUUCACUUCAAGACAAAUAUAAAGAGCGCCUAAACACACAA